AUGGCUCGUCUAAAGGAGGAAGAACAGAUACAAAUUUGCAUCCUUCUUGAUAAAAAGCUAUAUAUGCCGGUAGAACUUGCCAAAAGAUAUAGCCAGGUUAUACGAUAUAUUAAAAGUGGAGAGUAUUCUAACGCAACAGAAGUAAAAAAAUUACAAAGUGAUUAUGAUGUAAAAGUUACUACACAAACAAUAUGA